AUCAACGAGUGAUGUACUAGACAUUCUCGAACGUAAAUCUUUGAGAAGAUAAUUCUAGAUAAGAUAGAAUUGGUGUUGGGGAAGUGCUCCGAAGCCGCCUGAAACCAUUUUGAGAGAGAGAGAAAGAGAGAAAGAGUAAGAGAGAGAGAUUCAAGACAAGUGUUUUACUGUGUUCAUCACAAAUUUUAUCUACACAAAUAAAAUUAUAUAGACUAAACAGUUAAAUUAUUUUGUUAACGAGUAAGAUUUGGAAAUAUGGACGACAAACUUCGGCAAAUGGAAGAUGAAAUGAACAGAUUUGAAGCUGAAAUUGGGGGGCAGCUUGUAACACCAAUCGUACGACCGGUGAUAGGAGCAAACACGUACAACCAAGUUGCCAGGCAAUUGGAGCAACAUGAACUACCCACGCCGGUAGUCGCGGCCGCUGCUGCCGCGACAUUGGCGUUUCCUCCGAUGAUCGGCUUUCCACCACCGCCACCGCCUCCACCUCCUCCUCCACCACCGCCGAUGUUAAUUCCUCAACAAGUGGCAAGACAAAAUACAGUUCCUAUUACCACAUAUUCUUCACCUGCGCAAAUAAGUAACGCGUACAUGUCGAAUAUGGUGGAUCCAUGUUUGAGUGCAACACCAAAAACCUAUGAGUCUACGUCGACGCCAAUGAUCCAUCCUGAGAUCAUUGAACAAAUUAUUAACACAAAGAUACCUGAUGAUGAGGGUAAGAAAAAACCAAAAGUUAAGGGUGUCAGCACAGCAGCUGAAUUAGCCAUUAGUCAAGGAAAAGCGAGCUCCAUCAUGGCUAAUGCCAGCGCUGAGGAAACUCAUCCUAAGGGCAGAGGAAAGAAAAAUAAGAAGAUCAUAAGAAUGGCUGGUGGCCAAACGUGGGAGGAUCCAUCUUUGUUAGAGUGGGACGAAGAUGAUUUCAGGAUAUUCUGCGGGGACCUGGGAAACGACGUCACCGAUGAGAUGUUGGUGAGAGUGUUCGGCAAAUACCCCAGUUUCCAGAAAGCGAAGGUGGUCCGAGAUAAACGGACAAAUAAAACCAAGGGCUUCGGGUUCGUGUCUUUCAAGGAUCCGCAAGAUUUUAUUAAGGCGAUGAAAGAAAUGAACGGACGAUACGUGGGAUCGCGGCCGAUAAAGCUGCGGAAGAGCUCCUGGAAGCAGAGGAAUCUGGAAACCGUGCGCAAAAAGGAGAAGGAGAAACAAGCGUUAAUCGGACUGCUCACUGGCCGAUGACCUGAUUCUCGCCGUUGAAGAUUCAUCAUCGGGAAGAUUCAGUGAGAUUGUUCGUACGAUCGCGCACUUUCGGCGCAAAAUCGAGUUUGGACGAGUGAGCAGACAGGGGGAGUGCAAACAUCAGAAAAUGUUAUUCGACUUCGGCAUGCGAAUGACUCAUUGACUCAAAUAUGUAUAUCAAUAAACGUUUAAUUACGAAUCUCA